UCUUGCGGCUUAAUGUUUUCUGUUACCUGAGUUGGAGAACAGUUGUUGCUCUUGGCCUCUUGACUGAAACGGAAACACGAUGGCAUUUUCUCUGCGCAAGACAACCACUAUUUUGGUGCUCAUCGCUACCCUUGCAGUUGCUGCUUCUGAUUUGUCCUACCUUGUUAAAAAGAAGUGCCCAAAAGGUGGUCAAGAAAAUGCACCUUGCUACGCAGCUUUGCUCACAGAUAUUGUUAAAGGAGUGUCAAAAGGAGUGCCUGAGCUAAAUUUCAAGACAAUGGACCCAAUGCAGUCGGGACCCUUAAACUUGACGGUAAACGCUGGCUCUGAUCAAUUCAAAAUGAAUUUUUUGGCCCCCCAAUUUACUGGCCUCAGCACCGCCAGAGUUUCCAAACUUAAAGUGGGCAACCCAAUGGAACUGACUUUGCACAUUCCUGUGGUUGUAAUGACCUCAAAUUAUGUUAACUCUGGGAAGCUGAUUGUGAUCAAAGCGUCUGGUGGUGGAGCCAUGACCAACACUUUUGAGGACGUGAGCCUCUCAAUGCGCAUCAACUACUCCGUGAAAGAGUCUGCGUCGGGAGAGCAGAAGGUGGAAGUGGAAAACCUUGACGUCAAUUUUGUGCCCAAGAAGUCAAAAAUGCAAGUGGACCGCCUCAACAGUGGAAACUCAGUGGCCAGACAGCUCUACAACAUCUUCCUCUCCGCAAGCGGCUCCGAGAUUUUGGGUCUGAUGUCGACACAACUGAAUGAGAAUUUUGGGGGAAUCCUGAAAACAACCGCAGAUUUCAUCGUUGCCAAUCUUCCCGUGACUGCAGCGUUGGAGUAGAGGCUAGAUUAUUUUAAAGAUUAUUUGUGCCUCAACCUACGCUCUUUGUAAAUACUCAAAUUAAUAUUUGUGCGCGUGAGAAUUUCCUAGAAAGUUGCGUCAACACAUACGCUGUGUAGCUGUGCGAAUGUUAUGUGCUAGCAAAACUUUUAUGAACAAUAAAUUAUUUAAUUUUUAUACCGAAC